UCACCCCGUUCGGCGGCUGUCAGAAUAGAACGCCUUGGUGCCGGGAGCUAGGAACCAAAAAGCGGAACAUGUCGUCGCCCAAAGAAGCCGCGGAACCUGAAAACACGAAAUUGAAGGUGUUGGCCCUCCAUGGCUACCGGCAGAACGCGGACAGCUUCCGCUCGAAGCUGGGUUCCUUCCGGAAGCAGGUCAGCAAAUACGUAGAGUUUGUGUUUCUAUCGGCACCACACAUAGCCGCCCCGUUGGAAGUCGGCGGAGAGCAGGAUCCCACACAACGGAGCUGGUGGUUCAACAAAGACGACCACACGUUCAAAGGCACUAACCAAGGAGGUCCUGCAUUCGGUUUCGAUGAAAGUCUUCGGUUGGUGGAAAAAACGUGGCAGGCAGAAGGCUGCCACGGACUGCUUGGAUUCUCACAGGGUGCCUGCUUCGCGGGAUUGCUGUGCGAUUUAAGUGCGCGAGGCAUGACCGGGGUGAAGCCUCAAUUUGCCAUUCUUGCGUCUGGUUUCCGUUCGGGCAGCUUGGUGCAUUUGAAUUACUAUGAGAACAAGAUUCAGCUUCCUUCGCUACACCUCUACGGUGAGACGGAUGAAAUCAUUACGAAAGAUAUGAGCAUUGCCCUGUCGGACACCUUCCUGGAGCCGGAAAUAGUCACUCACCCGGGCGGACACUACUUUCCCGCGCAAGCGUCCAUGAAGCAGAUCUACGUAGAUUUCUUCCGCGAUCAGCUGCAGCUCUACCUGGAAGCAAAAGAACUGGCCAAUGCCACUGAGGAGAAUACAUUGCAGCUCGAACCCCAGACGACGAGUGGUGCUUCGGAUGGAGAGCAGCCUGAUGAUUCGGAUUCGGAUUGACGGUCAAUCAUCAUCU